AUGAGCCGCUUGCUUCUCCCCAAACAUGUCGCCGCCGUGGUCAGAUGCCAGACGGACCCGCUCAGGGCUCUGCAGAUGUUCAACGCCGCGGCGUCGCGCGGCGGCGGCGGGUUCAGGCACACGCCGUCGACCUUCAAGGCCAUGGUGGAGAAGCUCGCCCGCCACGGGGAGUUUGAUGAAAUGGAGAAUCUUCUCGCCGAGAUGCGGGCAAGCACAUCCCUCGACGGCGGCGGCGGCGGCGGCUUCUUCGAGGAGGCCUACGUCUCCGCCAUGAGAGGCUACGGCCGGAGGAGCAAGGUCCAGGAGGCUGUCGACGUGUUCGAGAGGAUGGACUUCUUCGGCUGCGAGCCCUCCGUCGUCUCCUACAACUCCGUCAUGAACAUCCUCGUCGAGCACGGCUUCUUCGACCAGGCCCACAAGGUCUACCUGCGGAUGCUCGACAGGGGGGUCUCGCCCGACCUCUGCACCUUCGCCGUCAGAAUCAAGGCCUUCUGCAGAACCCGCCGCCCGCGCGCCGCCCUGAGGCUCCUCAGGGACAUGCCCGAGAGGGGCUUCCUCCCCAACGCCGUCGUCUACUGCUCUGUGAUCGCCGGCCUCUAUGAGGGGGCUCUUCCUGAGGAAGCGCGCGCCCUGUUCGAGCAAAUGCUCGAGCAGGGGGUGCUCCCCGGCGUGCUCACCUUCAACAAGGUCGCCCACGAGCUCUGCAACAGUGGGGAGGUGGGGGAGGCCACCCAACUCCUCUGCAAGGUCCUCAAGCGGGGGACCUCCCCGAACCGCUUCACCUUCAACAUAAUCCUCCGGGGCCUGUGCAGAGAGGGCAGGCUGGUGGAGGCCACCUCCCUGUUGGGGCGGCGCAUGGGCGGCAGCGGCGGCGCCAGCCCGGUCCCUGACGCCGUCGCAUUCAACACGGUCAUCUGCGGCCUGUGCAGGUCCUCCCGGGUCGCCGAGGCGGCGGAUUAUCUCCGCAGGAUGACGAACAGCGGCUGCUUCCCCGACAGCUUCACCUACAACACCAUGAUCGACGGGUACUGCCGCGCCGGCAUGGUCCAGGCGGCGCUCGAGCUCCUCCGGGAUGCGAUCUUCAAGGGCUUCGUGCCUGACCGCUUCACCUACUGCUCCCUCGUCAACGGGCUCUGCGAGGAGGGCGACGUCGCCGGUGCGGUGAGGGUGUUCAAGGAGGCGGCGGCGGUGGGGCUGAGGCCCGACGUCAUCAUCUGCAACUCCCUCAUCAAGGGCCUCUGCAAGCGGGGCCUCGUCCUGCAGGCCCUCGACCUGCUGGAGGACAUGUCGGACGAAGGGGAAGGGUGCUGCCGGCCAGACAACUGGACCUAUAACACGAUCAUCCAUGGGCUGUGCAGGGCGGGGAAGGUCUCCGAGGCCCAGGACCUGCUCAACUCCGCCAUAGCCGUGGGGGGCUUCCUCCCCGACGCCUUCACCUUCAACGCCCUGGUCGACGGCUUCUGCCGGCGGCGGAGCCUGCACGAGGCGCUGGAGGUGGUCAGCAGGAUGUGGACCCACGGGGUGGCCCCCGACGCCGUCACCUACAACUCCGUCCUCAACGGACUAUGCAAGGCCGGGAAGACGGCGGAGGUCCUGGAGACCUUCCAGGAGAUGGCGACGAGGGGCUGCCACCCGAACCUCAUCACCUACAACAUCCUCAUCGAGAGCUUCUGCAGGGCCCGGCGGGCGGAGGAGGCCGCCGCCUUGAUGCCGAGGAUGAAGGAGGAGGGGCUGGCCCCCGACGCCGUCACCUUCGCCACGCUGAUCCACGGGCUCUGCGAGGCCGGCGACCUCCGGGGGGCGUUGGGGCUCUUCAGGGAGAUGGAGGGGGACGGCCUCGGGCCGACGGUCGCCACCUACAACGUGCUGAUCAGAGGGUUCGUCGGAAAGCUGGAGGCCCCGGCGGCGGCGGAGCUAUUCGCCGAGAUGGAGGAGAGGGGCUUCCUGCCGGACCCGUUCACCUUCCGGACACUCAUCGACGGGUUCUGCAGGGUCGGGGACGCCGGCGGCGCGCUGGGCCUCCUGAAGAAGAUGAUAUCUCAGCGAGGGGGGUUCGUCCCCGGCAUGGCGACCUUCGGGAGGGUGAUCAACUGCCUCUGCGUGAACCGGCGGGUGGCGGAGGCCGUGGAGGUCGUCCGGGUCAUGGUCCGGCACGGCGUCGUCCCAGCGGCGGCAGCCUCGAUCUUCGAGGCCGACAAGCGGGAGACGGCGGCGCCAAAGAUCUUGGUGGAGGAGCUACUGAGGAAGGGGCACAUCACGUACCACGCGUACGAGCUCCUCUACGAUGGGGUUCGGGACAAGAAGUUUGCCAGAGGAGGAAGAAGAAGAAGAGGAAGAUCCCACGCGGCGGACACCCUUUGA